AUGCCGGCACCUCCAGCUCCCUUUGAGGGGCAGAAGAAUAAGGCACACAAUGUUCACAAAAGUGGUGGAAAAGCGAAAAAGAAAGCUGAGAAGGAGCCAAAAGCAAAAGGAAAUAAUCCGAAAGGUUUCACUUUUCAUUCGGCUGUCGCCGCUGGCAAGGCAAUCCGGCGAGCUGCGGAUAUUAACGAGAAGAAGAAACAUGUCUUGAUGAUGGAUAGAAAGCCUCUGGAAGCACCUCCAAUUAUUGUUGCCAUUGUUGGUCCCAGUAAAGUCGGAAAAACAACGCUUCUACGCGGUCUAGUCAAGUAUUAUCUUCGCGACGGAUUCGGAGAAAUCAAUGGACCAGUGACGAUUGUAACGGGAAAAAAGCGUCGUGUGCAGUUUAUCGAAGUCAAGAAUGACAUUAAUCAUAUGAUCGACAUUGCAAAAGUCGCUGAUUUAGUUCUCCUUAUGGUCGAUGCUUCGUAUGGCUUUGAAAUGGAAACUUUUGAAUUUCUCAACAUUUGCCAAGUCCACGGAAUGCCCAGAAUUAUGGGAGUUCUCAACCAUCUAGAUCUUCUCGAUGGAAUUUCCCGUGUCAAUAAAACUAAGAAGAUUCUAAAGCACAGAUUCUGGACAGAGCUUUACCAAGGUGCCAAGCUAUUCUAUAUGACCGGAAUGGUACAUGGACAGUACAAAUACAACGAGAUUCACAAUCUAACUCGGUUCAUUUCUGUCAUGAAGUUCCGCCCGAUGGUCUGGAAAGAUGCCCAUCCUUAUGUGCUCUGUGAUCGCUUCGAAGACAUCACCAACUCGGAGACUCUCCGCACAGAACCGCUUGUAGAUCGCCACGUGGCAAUGUAUGGAUGGGUCCAUGGAGCGCAUCUGAAGAAUCACUCGUCGAUCCACGUUCCAGGAGUGGGAGAUAUGAGAAUCAGCAACGUAACGAGUCUUCCGGAUCCGUGUCCACUGCCAGAUGAGAUUAAACGGCGUGCGCUGAAUGAGAAGGAGAGAAAAGUGUACGCACCGUUUUCUGGAUUAGGAGGAGUCAUUUAUGAUAAGGAUGCGAUUUAUAUUGAGUCCAAAAACGCUCAUCAUUUCAAUAAGAAGCGCGAUCAUCUGGUUGAAGCGUUAGAAGGCGUCAAAGCCGGAAUCGAUGACAAGUUGAAAAAGUCGUCCGUACAGCUUCUCGGUGAUUCUGUAGCGUUGGAUGUGGAUGCAGAAGAAGAUGAUGAUGAAGAAAUUGACGAAGAGGAGGAUUUCGAGGAUGAGGAGGAGGACUUUGAUGAUGAAGAGGAAGAAGAAGAGGAAGAGGACGAAGGUGUCAAAAAAGAAGAAAAACACGAAUGGUCGAAUCUAGCAUCGAAAGCUGUUGCUCAGUACCGCGAGGCCACGAAUACUAAAGUCAACUGGAUGAAGUUGGUUUAUGGAGGAGAGAAAGUGAUAAAAGAGGAGAAGGAGGAGACAAUUGAUGACUUGUUCGUAGUCCGCAGGCAGAACCAGAAGAGUGAAGAUGAUCAGGAAGACGGAUUUGGCUAUGGAGUGCUUCCUACGAUCUGCUCUACUAGCACCAACGACUGGAAUCUUGAGGAGAUCCGACAGUCGAUUGCUGAUAUGUUUGUUACCGGAAAUUGGAGUGAAGAGGAUGCUGAGGAGGACAAGUUGAAGAAAGAGAUUGGAAGUGAUGAGGAUGAAGAUGAAGACUUUGAUGAUGAAGAGGAAGACGAAGACGACGGUGAAGUGGAAGAAAGAAAAGAGGCAAAAGAAUCCGAGGCUGAUAAAACUAGAAAACAGAAGCGACUAGAGGCGAAAAUCAAACUCAAACAGCGCUUCAACGAUGACUACGAUGAGACUUGCAAGUUUUACAAUAAAGCCAAAAAUGAGUUGACUGAGCAAGCGGAUCUCAAUCGUCAAGUCUUCGAAGGCAUGGAUGAAGAGGAACGAGAGAAGAUUGAGGGAUUCCGCGCAGGACGCUAUGUCAGAAUUGAGAUCGAAAGUGUUCCAUGCGAAUUUGUGAGCCAUUUCGAUGCCACUGCUCCGUAUAUCAUUGGUGGACUGCUACCAGGAGAACAGAAUAUGGGAGUGGUACAAGCGAGAGUCAAGAGACAUCGUUGGUUUGAGAGAACGCUAAAGUCUAGAGAUCCACUGAUCAUCAGUUGUGGAUGGAGACGAUUCCAGACACUCGCCAUCUACUCGGUACAAGACCACAACAUGCGUCUACGUUUCCUCAAGUACACUCCCGAGCACAUGCAUUGCCAUGCGUCAUUCUUUGGUCCAAUUUGUGCACAGAACACUGGACUCCUUGCCAUUCAAUCUAUCGCUGAUAAAACGCCAGGCUACAGAAUCGUUGCUACAGGAGGAGUAUUGGAUUUGGACAAGUCGACGCAAGUGGUGAAGAAGCUGAAAUUGAUCGGUACUCCAGAGAAAAUCUUCAAGAAGACUGCGUUCGUCAAAGGAAUGUUCAAUUCGCCACUGGAGGUUGCUAAAUUUGAAGGAGCCACGAUCAGAACGGUCGCUGGAAUUCGUGGACAGAUUAAGAAGGCUAUCAAGGCGCCAGCUGGAGCCUUCCGUGCAACGUUUGAAGAUAAGAUUCUGAUGAGAGACAUCGUCUUCCUUCGUUCCUGGGUCACUGUACCGAUUCCUCGUUUCUACACUCCGAUCUCCGAUCAUCUUCAAGCCGCCUCCGAACCAUGGAUCGGCAUGCGAACCGUUGGAAAAAUGCGUUCCGAGUUGGGCAUGGGAACUCCACAAAACAAGGACUCAGAUUACAAGCCAAUCGUUCGCAAGGAAUUCGAAUCUGCUCCAAUCCAUUUGCCACCAAAGCUUCAGAGAAGUCUUCCGUUCAAGAUGAAGCCAACUUAUCAAGCGCGUGAAGAGAAGGAGAAGGACUCGUUGAUUGCCAAGCACACUGCGGUGGUACUAGAGCCUGAGGAGGCGAAGAAGGAGAGAUUCAUGGAUAUGUUGAGAACUCUGAACGAAGUGGACUUGAAGAAACAGGAGAACAUCAAGGAGGGAUACAAGAAGAGAAAGGCCGAGGAGAUGGCUGAAAGUGAAGCGAAACGUGAGAAAAGCAUCAAGUCUCGCAAGAAGGAGAUCAGCAGAGUUCUAUCGAAGAAAGAGCAAACCAAACUUCGCAAAGCUCUUGGCUCGUCGGCUAGCAGCUCAUAA